AAGAUAGAAAUGUAAGUAAUAAAGCUAUGGAUGAGAUGAGACCCAACAGAAAAAAGAAAGAAACUUGUGUGGUUCUUCUACUUGUCCCGUGAACCAACGAAGUCCUUCUCCUCUCUGUUUUGCAUUUACUUCUUCUAGUUCGCAGUUCACACUAACUUUUGGCCUGAAACUCAUAAAUAACAACUCCAGCCUUGCCGUUUUAGUGCUUUUAAUAUCUAUCUUCCCAUUUCAGAGAUUCCAGAAGAGUUGAAAGAAGACAAAGAUAUGAGAAUUUAGACAAGGAAAGAUAGUAAGAGGGUUCAUGAUAUUAUUUGUCAUUAAAUUCUUGUUUUAAAGGGGUUUUUUCUUCGAGUAUGGUCUGGUUUUUGUUUGUGUUAGUUUUGUUUCUGAACCACGGCGUUGAUGGCUUCUCUGAGCCUCUUCAGAAGAAGGCUCUUCCACCUCCUCCGGCUGUUCUUGUUGGCUCUGUUUUCUGUGACACUUGUUAUCAGCAAAAUCUCUCCAAGUUUGCCCAUUUCAUCCCAGGUGCCACAGUUGCUGUAGAAUGCAGAGACGAAAAAGCCUCCAAAACCAGUUUCCAGCAUCAAGUCAAAACAAACAAACAUGGCAAAUUCAGAGUAGUUUUGCCAUUCUCUGUGGCAAAACACAUGAAAAAAAUCGAAAGCUGUAAUGUAAGACUGAUCAAAAGCAGUGAACCCUUCUGCUCUGUAGCCUCCUCUGCAACUUCCUCUGCUCUCAAAUUGAAGAACUCAAAGAACAAAAAUGGCGUCCGAAUUUUCUCAGCUGGUUUCUUCACUUUCAAGCCCGCUUUCUGCAAUCAGAAGACCGACAUUUUCAAAUCCAAACAAGUCAACAACCCUCAGCUUCUGUUCCCGCCGAUUGUUCCGCCCAACCCGCUGCAGCCGGAGGAAACUUCUUCAGAACUGAAACAGAGCCCAUGAUGAUGGAUGAUUUGGUUAAAGAUUGGAUUUUUUUUUUUGUUGGGGUAAUGAGUGAUGGUGUAGAGUACGUUAAAUAAGUUUGAUUAAGGAUUGAAGUUUGGUAAUAUUA